AAAGAAACGUCACUCAAAAUCUCAACCGGCUGCCGAUGCAUACGCGCACCGUAUAAUUUGUCUUUUGCAACUUUGUUAAUUCCAAAAUAAACCAUUACAACCAAGCAACUGUGUUUGGCCUAAACAAAUGGUCCAUCGAGCCUCAACAAUCAACAACGAAAAUACAGUCCACUCAUUUAAUACGUUUGGAGCGAACGAAGUGCAGCAAAUUAUCGCGACAUCGGCUCAACGGUCGCCGGAGUCAAACUUCAGACAUCAAGACAAAGGAAGUACCGUGUGGACAGGGGAAGAUAAAGUGGAGAUUGAGGUGUGUUCCGACAAGCCAGAGGACGAAUACGAGGAACGUUCAAAAUUCGAAGAGCGUUAUUACGCGCUGAUGGCGCAAGCGCGCAAUCUGCUGUGCAGAGAUGGUGCAGCAGAUGACGGCCGCUCUGUUGCAGGUUCGAUAUGCAAACAAGCAGGUGAAUCAUUCCAACACAAUUUUAUUCGCUUACCUAAAAUUGAUUUACCUCGCUUUCAUGGUAGUUAUCAGUGCUGGCUUGAGUAUAGGGAUACAUUUUUAUCAUUAAUUCAUAGUAGUGCUUCUAUCGAUAACAUAAGCAAAUUCCACUAUUUACGCGCCUCGCUCUCGGGUGCGGCGCUCGACAUUAUUACGAACAUAGAUUUUAAAGGUGACAAUUAUUUAAUGGCGUGGCAGUUGCUAUGUGAUCGAUAUGACAAUAGUCGCCUAUUAGUGCAUAAUCACGUGCAGGCAUUGUUCAAUGUUGAACAGGUUGUCAAAGAAUCGAGUCUUUGUUUACGUCGUUUGCUUGAUACAAUUAAUAAAAAUAUUCGAGCGUUAAAAACAUUGAACGAGCCGACGCAAUAUUGGGAUACGCUUCUAUGGUGA